AUGGCAGGACAUCACGACCCCAAGCUUCUAUACACAAUCGCCAAUGUCAAGGCAUACCACAUCCAGGGUGGGCAGGAGCAGGACUUGACGCCGUCUGGCCCUCAGACGCUGUCUCUGCUGAUGGUGCCCACCUCGUCGCCCUUCUCGGACCUGUCGUCGACCAUCCCGCAGAAUGAAAUGCCCGAGAACGACUUCUACCUGCACCUGAACCUNCCCCCAGAGCUGGAUCUGCCCAUGCCGGCCACCACCCAGGUCUACCACCAGCCUCCCCACUCAUACCUGAUCCCCCGUUGGGACCUGGGCGCCGACAGCGGCAUCUUCACUCGCAUCACCUUUGACAGGAACAUCUCACCCGAGGACCACGAUACUUUCGAGACCAUCCUGGCACAAUGCACUGCCUUCCUUGAGCGUGCUGCCCCACCCAAGCCCUCCCGUCCUCUAGAACAAUACGACCCAAGAGACUAUGCUCCCGGUGGUAGAUAUCACGAUGCCAAGGGUUCUGGACACGGUCAGGUCGUCCUCAUCGACGAAGACAACGGCAGCAUCAUUGGCGAAUUGGCUGGUGAUGCCCACAUUGUCGAAGACUCGACCCUCAACCAAGGAACUAAGAGUAUGUUGCUCUGUUCAUAUCUCUUUGAGCCUCUACUAACCGCUCUCGUGCANGAUCCAGUCGAACUCGAAAUCUCCGCCGAUGGAAAACGUAUCAGCGUCACGCCUAUCAGCGAGGAAUACCUACAAAUGGCCCGUCACCCUGCCUACAAAGAUAGCGGCAUGGUCCAAAAUGCUGCAACUGCCUCUCGCUUCAUCGUCACCUCUAGCAGCCGUCUUGGUAACAUCUUGACCGCUGGUGCUGAGAACUUUACCCAGAAGGUCAAGCCUGCCGCUAAGCCCAUGGAGUUCAGCCCUGCCGCCCACGAGCGUGUCCGUAAGAUCAAUGCCUUUACAAACAGUGCCGCUGGUCUGUCUGCAAAAACCGUUGGUCAGGCAAGCAAGUACGCUCAGAACAUUGGCGCCAGAUUUGGCGGCAAGAAUGAGGAUCGCUACAAGAAGGGUUUUGAUGCCAACGGCAAGCCUCUUGCCCAAGACCAGUACAAGCCCGGUCUACUCAACAAAAGCAUGAUCGCCUUUUCUACCAUCGCCGACGGUCUGGCCACGAGUGGUAAGCACCUGCUUGAGCAGAGUGGUUCUGCUGCCACAACCGUGGUUGGUCACCGCUAUGGCGCAGAAGCUGGAUCUAUCACAUCCAGUCUCGCUGGUGGUGUCAAGAAUGUCGGUCUUGUCUACAUUGACGUGACAGGUGUCUCUCGCCGUGCGGUUCUCAAGUCAGUUGCCAAGGGAAUGGUGGUAGGCAAAGUGCGCAACGGUGGCCAGGUCAUCGUGGGUGGUGGAGAUGGUGGUGUCGUCGAAGACGAGGACAUGAGAAAAGCCGGUCUCAAGAGCGAUGGACAGCCUGCCCAGGGCCCUGGAUAUGGCAACGUUGGCAGUGUUGAAGGAUACGGCAUGCAGAGUGGGCCGCCAGCAUACACGAGUGGUGUUGGCGAGUCCCUCGCCGGCCAACCCGCCCCACAACGCGACGUGAAGGGCAAAUACGCAUGA